UACUAUAUUAUAUAUUACACCUGCUUCUCACACGUCUUGUUUCAUCGAAAGAAAACACUUCGUGUAAUGGAAUCAAAACACAUUGUAUUUUUCUUUUUGUUCACUCUUGCAGCUUUCAUAACUGCAUCAAACUCAAAGUCAAUCAUCAAGAGACUUCCAGGUUUCGAUGGCGAUCUUCCUUUCACUCUUGAAACCGGAUACAUCGGAGUUGGAGAAGAUGAAGCUGUGCAGAUCUUUUACUACUUCGUUGAGUCUGAAAGAAACCCUUCGGAAGACCCUCUUCUUAUUUACCUCACCGGUGGCCCUGGCACUUCGGUUCUUUAUUCCAUGAUGUAUCAAAUAGGUCCACUUAAUUUCGAUACUGAAACCUCAUGGGGGAAUAACAUUACAUUGAAGCUGAAUCCGUAUUCAUGGUCAAAGAUUGCUAAUGUGAUAUACAUUGACGCACCAGCUGGUGCUGGGUUUGCAUAUGCUACAACAUAUGAAGCAUCGAUGAGCAGUGAUUCUAUGUUAGCUUCAGAUGCUUAUGAUUUCUUACGAAAGUGGUUUUUGGAGCACCCUGAAUUUCUCAGCAAUCCCUUGUACAUAUCUGGGAUUUCAUACAUGGGGAUUAUUUUACCAAACGUUGCUCUACAUGUAUACAAUGGUAAUGAACGUGGAGAUCAACCACAAAUGAAUAUUAAAGGAGUCAUUAGUGUUUCCCCUUUAACCGAUAAGUUUGGUGAUUUUAAUUCAAGAUUUGAGUUUGCUCAUCGGCUAUCAUUAAUAUCAGAUGAUAUUUAUGAGUCCACAAAAGAAACAUGUGUUGGUAACUAUCUAUCUAUAUACGAUCAUUCAGAUAACAUCCUUUGUUCAAAUAAUCUCCAAUGGGUGGAUGAGUGUACAAGCAAGAUUAACUUAGAGAAUAUAUUGGAACCAUUGUGUGAUCCAACAGACCCAGCUUGUCGAGAAGCUACUUUUGGACUUGUAGUAAUUUGGGCAAACAAUAAAGAAGUUCAGAAAGCUCUCAAUGUUCGUGAGGGAACAAUUGGAACGUGGGAGUGGCAAAAUUCGACUAUUCAUUAUGAUUUAGGGAAAAAUGACACACUAAUUUAUGCCUACGAUGUGUUCAGCACUGUCCCAAUGCACAAGCAACUUCUAGCCAAGAAAUGCCAAUAUUUGAUCAUAUGUGGUGAUCAUGACAUGGUAUUUCCACAUGUGGGCACGGAGGCGUGGAUAAGAAGUCUCAAUCUUCCGGUUGAGAAGCGAUGGGAACCAUGGUUUGUUAAUGACCAGAUUGCAGGGUAUCAGGUGACAUAUGCACAAAAUGAUUACUUGUUAACAUAUUCAACUAUUAAGGGUGCAGGUCAUGGAAUCGCAUUGUACAAGCCUGAAGAAGCUUUGGCCAUGGUGGAUGGAUGGCUUGAUUCUCGUACUUAUUUAAGUGACAUUUAAGCACAAUAUUGGAUUAGAUAUAUAUAUAUUUCCAAUGUAACGAUUUUUUCUUGUGCCUCACGUAUUUGGCAUUAAUAGGCAUUAAUAUGUUAUCUUUCGGAAAUAUCAAGAUGACGAUCGUAUUCUAUUA